ACACCCAGGAAUACCAAGGAGAUCUUUGACAAGAUGAAGUCCUUCAUUGUUGCUUCCCUGUUGGCGGCUGCCUCGUCGGUUCUUGCGGCUCCGGCUCCUAUGCCCACCCCUCCCGGUAUUCCCACUGCCGCCAACGCCAAGACCCAGCUCGCCAGCUUGACCGUUAAGCCCUACGUUGACGACGGCAAGUACGAGCGUGAUCUGUUCCCCACCUGGAUUACCAUCUCUGGUACUUGCAACACUCGCGAGUACGUCCUCAAGCGUGACGGCACCAACGUCGUUACCGACUCCGCUUGCUCGGCUACCAGCGGUACCUGGGCCUCUCCCUACGACGGUAGUGUCUGGACCGCCGCCUCUGACGUCGAUAUCGACCACAUGGUCCCUCUCAAGAACGCCUGGGUGUCCGGUGCCAACGCCUGGACCACCAGCAAGCGCCAGCAGUUUGCCAACGACAUCAACUCGCCCCAGCUGUGGGCUGUCACCGACAACGUCAACCAGUCCAAGUCUGACAAGAGCCCCGACGCUUGGAAGCCCCCUCUUACCAGCUUCUACUGCACUUAUGCUAAGGCCUGGGUGCAGGUCAAGUAUACCUGGGCUUUGACCAUCACCAGCGCCGAGAAAUCUGCUUUAACUAGCAUGUUGAAUACAUGCUAGGAUAAGGGGAACGGGGGAGGCAACGGGAGUAAUCAGGGGAAAGGGAAGCAGAAGAGUGGUGCUGGGAUGAUGGCGGUUCCGUGGUGGAUGGGGACAUGGGUUGCACUGGCAUGGUUAUGGUCAGCCUCUUGGGAAGGACAAGCAAAGCUUGCGGUUGAUCCAAAAUACUACAGUCUGAUGCAUGUAUAACUCUAAAUAUGUACAACGAAAAUUGGCUUGCAGCAUGUGCCAAUACCUCUAGGUCUGCCUAUACCUUGUCUUCUCA